GAUUAAGACGGAAAAGCGAAAAAAACGGUAAUUUUCUGCUGGAAAAAUUCUUUCAUAAAAAAAUUGUGAAAACUGACCUGAAAAAAUAUUAAAAAGGAAAAAAAUAAUUAAAAAAGUAAUUUUGAAAAAAAUCAAAGCAAAAUGGAUGGAAAAGAGUUUUUACUUCGCGGAAAGCAGAUGGUGGACUACAUCGUCGAGUACAAUGAGACUUUGGAGAAACGUCGAGUGACUCCGUGUGUCGAGCCCGGUUAUUUGCGUCAUUUGUUGCCAGAUGAGGCGCCCAAAAAUCCCGAGUCGUGGGAUGACAUUAUGAAGGAUGUCGAGAGCAAAAUUAUGCCGGGCGUGACGCAUUGGCAACAUCCGAGAUUUCAUGCGUAUUUUCCGUCCGGCAAUUCGUAUCCGUCGAUUUUGGGUGACAUGUUGAGUGAUGGCAUCGGUUGCAUCGGAUUUUCAUGGGCUGCCAGUCCAGCAUGUACCGAGCUCGAAACAAUAGUUCUUGAUUGGUUAGGAAAAGCAAUUGGUUUACCGGAUGAAUUCUUGGCACUGAAAGAAGGCAGCAAGGGAGGCGGUGUGAUCCAAACUUCAGCCUCCGAAUGUGUUCUUGCCACCAUGUUGGCAGCUCGUGCCCAAGCCAUCAAAUAUUUGAAGCAGCAACACCCGUUCGUCGAAGAAGGUCAUUUAUUGUCCAAACUCAUGGCUUACUGCUCGAAGGAGGCCCACAGUUGCGUGGAAAAAGCUGCCAUGAUCAGUUUCGUAAAGUUGCGAAUCUUGGAACCCGACUCGAAAUGCAGUUUGCGCGGCGAGGCAUUGACGAAGGCAAUGGAAGAGGACGAGCUGCAAGGUUUGAUCCCGUUUUUCGUUUCAACCACGUUGGGCACCACCGGUUCCUGCUCCUUUGACGCCCUCGAGGAAAUUGGAAUCGCCUUGCAACGUUAUCCGAACGUUUGGUUGCACGUCGAUGCCGCUUAUGCGGGAAAUGCUUUCAUCUGUCCCGAGCUAAAGCCACUUUUAAAGGGCAUCGAGUACGCGGAUUCGUUCAACACGAAUCCAAACAAAUGGCUUCUUACGAAUUUUGAUUGUUCGACGUUGUGGGUCCGCGAUCGUAUUCGACUCACAUCUGCGUUGGUGGUCGAUCCACUUUACUUGAAACAUGGAUACUCGAAUCAAGCCAUUGAUUAUCGGCAUUGGGGUGUUCCAUUGAGUCGUAGAUUUCGAUCGUUGAAGCUUUGGUUCGUGCUUCGUAGUUUUGGAAUUUCAGGACUGCAAAAGUACAUUAGGCGUCAUAUUGAGUUGGCAAAACGCUUUGAGAGUCUCGUUGCGAAAGACAAGCGGUUUGAAGUCUGUAAUGAAGUCAAGCUUGGAUUGGUCUGUUUCCGCUUAGUUGGCAGUGACAAGAUCAAUGAAAAGUUGUUGAGUAGCAUUAAUGAGUCGGGAAAGUUGCAUAUGGUACCAGCUUCGGUCAAUGAAAAGUAUGUCAUUCGCUUUUGUGCUGUCACGCAAAAUUGUUCCGAAGAGGAUAUUGAUUACGCUUGGGACGUCAUUUGUGAGUUCGCCAACGACUUACUCGAAAAAGCAGAACAAGGCGAUGAGUUGCCCGAAAUCACUGACCACCGCAAAAACCAUACUUUGGCUCAAAAACGCUCAUUCUUCGUUCGUAUGGUCAGCGAUCCAAAAAUCUACAAUCCCGCAAUCAACAAAGCCGGUACGCCACACAUUUCCACCGAAAUUCAGUCACCGACGAUCGAUGGUCAAACUGCCGUUGUUGUUCAAUCUCCAACAAGCACCAAUUCCUGGAUCAGUUGGCCCUUGGCAUUCUUGUUUAACAGCAACGACGAGGGCAGCAGUAAAAUGCCGUUACGAUUCCGUCAUCUCGAUACACGUGUUCGUCCAUCGUCGUCAUCGCGUCGCAAUUCGGCAACUGGAUCGUCUCCGUCGCCCGAAAACGAGAUUGGCUUUAAUUUGAGCAAGUCUCCGAGACGGUCUCCGGCACGAUCACCAGCACGCUCGCCCGUCUUGGAGCGGAAAAAGUAACUGAUCAAGCAGUAUUUUAACAAUAUUUCACAAAUAGUUUUGCGAAGCUUUCCGCUUGACCGUAACUCGCUCUCUAAAUAAGGCUCUCUUACACAAAAAAAAAACUUUUAUCUCCCGAUACAAUAACUUAAAAAAAUAGUUGAAAGAUGUAUUAAAUUCUAUUGAAAUCUUAAAAUAAAUGUAGUUCAGAUUAU